UCGUUUACAUUUCCGUAAACAUUCCUCCGGCGCACUUUCAACCACCGCUCACCCUUCUGGAGCGAUUGCCUGCUUUCAAGGAGUGCUCUCUGAAAGUGCUGAGGACCUGACCCCCUUGACACGCCUCCGCUCUAGUUUAUUUCUUAGUGUGGCCUUAGUCAGGCUAGUGUCUGUGUUAAGAGGGAUGGCAAUUGCGACUUUCGCUGGUGCUUCUAAAGCGCGGUGUCGGCUCGAAGCGCAACGAUUUGCGUGCGUAAAACAACUGUGAAAUUUGUGCAGUAACCGUUUAAUUAGAUGGAGAAAUGAAGAUAAAGGUGUAAUGCAGUGCCCGUUGGGUUCUCUGAAGAAUCUGUAACUGGCGUCAGUCUGUAACAGACUGUCGUUUCAUUGACGUUUUGGACAGGGGGUGGCGACGUCUGCACGUUCAGAUGGUAAGGCCCUCCUCACACGGGGAUACUGAAGUUGCUUAGAUACCGCGAGACUCGGCGACCGAGCGACUCGUCAUGUAGAUAGGCAUGGCGUCACUCAGACGGCGAUACUGGAGUGGCGGAGACUGGAAGUCGUAAGCAACGUAAAUCCCGGCGACUCAGCAUGCUGGUCUCCACGCUACUCCAGUAGCCUACGCGGCGCGAUACUGUAUUGUAGCGAACAAUGGGCGAGCAGGCGUUUAAUAUCAAAUUUGUAAACGAAGUUGAGAAACACCCAGAACUCUAUAACUACAAGUUGAAAGGGUAUUCAAAAAAGGAUGUGACUGACAAAGCAUGGAAUGAUGUCGCAAAAGAAGUGCAACUCACAGUUAACGAAUGCAAAGAAAAAUGGAAAAAUCUCCGUUCAGUUUUUGUCCGUCACAUAAAGCCACCUCCAAGUGGUUCAAGUUCCAAAAAUAAGAAACCAUAUUAUCUAUCGGAGGCAAUGAAAUUUACCCUACCAUUCAUAAAAACGCUUGGUACACCAUCGGGGAAUUUGCCAGAAGUCAUCAAUGAACAAAACCUGGAACACAGUUCAUCUGACCCAACACAAAAUACGGAAGACGUUGCGGCUGAAGAGGAGGAAUAUAUCUCAGAUAACGCAAUACUAACUACAACACCACAACUUUCCCUUCCUUCACCUAUGCUGCCAAAUACUGACUUCUCGCAAGAACAUGCUCAUCAUUCCCAACAAAUGACUCAUGAUCCCUUUUCCAACCCAAAAGAUAAUUUAUCAAAGCGUAAAAAGCAAACAGUGACGGAAGUGGACAAGUCCUUUAUGGAAUACAUGAAUGCAAAGAAAAGGAAACUUGAAUCGAAUUCAAACGAUGAUAGGCAAGUAAAAAAGUCGUUUCUUCUAAGCCUUUUACCAGAAAUCGAACCUUUGACAGAUGCACAAAUGAAAUCAUUCCGACGUAGGGUUCUGCAGCUUAUUGAUGACAUCACGAAUCCAAAAGACAUGCACCAACACGUACCAGCUUACCAACAGACCCCAACUUACUCCUACAGUGUUUCCACGCAUUCAUCGUUGGCUACAGAUAAUGCUUCAAUUUGUUCGUCGCCUGGAAAUCAAACUAUUCCACAGAAAGUACAAGAUACUGAAACGCAACAGUAUUUUGAAGUCAUCCAAGAGACUUUACAAUAUGAGCAGGAACAUAAUGUGAUGUGAUGUUUUGUUGGGUGUGUAAACAUAUAACUUUGGUGUACGUGUUUUUAUCUCUAUUAUGUUGUUUAUUUUUGUGUUUACAGUCAUGAUUUGAAUGUUUGUGUAAUGGGUAUUCUUUAAAUAGUUUAUAUAUAUACAUUUUUUCUUUUGCAGUACAUUAUUUGAAUGUGUAUUUCUUAGGUAUAUUUGAAUUAAACAUUGGAAUGAAUUUAUGCAUAAGAUAUGUUUAUACUUUCACCUUUCAGUUGACUGGAAUACUUGGGUAUAAAUAACUUUAGAUUAUUUAACCUGUUAACGUUAAAGUGCACAUUCUUAAGAUCCAUACAACAGCCAUUUUCCACAGAUAAAAUAAGUAAUUGCGGCCUCAAGUUAAAAUGCAUACAUUGUUUUUAUUCGCCAAGCAUCAGUAUAUACGUUAAAAUACUUGGAAAGAAAUAGAUUUGUGUUGAAGGGAAACAUUUAGAAGUGCCUUAACAAAAAUUCGUAAUAAUUUGUAUUUCUUAACUUACUUACCUCAAAGUUAUCAGCAAUCGUUCACCGGGGCUCACGCAUUCCCUCAUAGUGGUAUCCCUAUAAUACAUCGCAGGUGUAACAAUUUCCGUUAACAUUUGGUAAGUCUCCUUCGUCAUUCUGUAGAAAGCGAUGAAUUUUGAGUCUGUCUCUUGCAAUUCUUUGGCCGCGACAAAUAAUCUACAAUUAAUGUUCCUUUCUAUAUAUGGAUGAACCCACAAUCUUUUCCUACUUCGUUUUCUAUAAUGUUGAUAAUAUUGGAUAACAAUAUCACUAUCGUCACUGCUGUUAUCACUGGGCAUUACAUACAAUAUAUAGGCACUUCACGGUUCCACAAGAUACUCGGGCUGUACUCACGAUGCAUUUUUUCCUCCCAGUCUCUGAUAUUUUAGUAGCGUCGUGUGAAGAUAACGGGCGACUAGAGUCACCCAGUCACACAGUUGCCUAGUCUCCAGGCUACCAGCGAUCGUUUUGUAGGCAACUUCAGUAUCCCCGUGUGAGGAGGGCCUAAGGGUGUGAAGCAGCCUUUUUUUCCCUUCCGCUAAUUGUUGCGCCAUAUUGGUUAGACGUCCCAAAACAUUGACUGUUGAAGUGUAGUGUUUGCGUUGUGGGAAAGUUUUGAAUUACUUUUUUUUUUUAAUUUAAGUGUUUCUAACGACGAAUUUUCCAAAUAAUACUUCAUUAGAAGUUUAACCAAGCACUGUUUCCCCAAUGUUUUAGGCAGAAUAAUAAUGACGACGGCGAAGUUUUAAAAGUGACUUCCACUACGUCACAGCAUGCCUAUCUCCUGACAGUUCCCAACCCCGUGGGUUCAGAGCACCGGCGGGCAUCUCCCAAUCUUAUCCUCGCCACGAACUUGGCGGCACUUCCUGUUCCUGGGGAUCUGGGGGGUGAGGGGAGUGGGAGGAUGCACGGAGCCCCGGUAUCUCGAGUGUUUGAACACGUGAAGUGCGGCCCUCGACGGGACGCUGUGUCGUGAGCAAACACGCUCGUGCGCUCGUGGAAACACGUGUCGUCCUCCGGGCGCACGUCGUGGUGGCCGCGAGCCUUGCGUCGAGUGUCGCUGCUAUCGAUUUAUCGAUUUAUCACAGGAGCAGCACGAUUAAAAAAACUGUAAUUAUUUCACAGUUCACUCUUCAAGAGGGGUUUAAGGUGUUCUGUAGUUUGUUUUUCGAAGCUCGUGCUCGCGUAUAAAAUUUUAUUUUUACUGUUGUUGGUCACUAAGCAGGAGAGAUAGGAAUUUAAAGACGCCAUCUUUGUUUCUAAAGAUUUUAGGACAUCACAAUCUUCUAUCGUGUGUUUUUCAAAAAUUUUCCUUCGUUAAAACAAAGUAUAUAAUCUAAUGGAUUUUCAGAAAUUAGUAGUGCCUGGCUAGUGUAUUUACCCUGCGAAGUCACUGUCGUUUAGUAUUGAAUUUUAUUUUGAGAAUGACAACUGUAAUAAUACUUUUCAUAAUAAACAAAUAGUGUGGGCUGCCUUAACGAAGGAAAAUUUUCAACAUCAAACUAUAAAAAUAUUGAUCAUAAAAAACUAUUUUUACAACUUCGCCGUCUUUUGGGUCCAGUCAUUCCCCCUAAAACUCCUACUGUAAAGAUAAUUUCUUAAAUGACAAGUCCAGGUUAAUUUCGGAUUAGGUUCUCUUUUGCGUUCAUAUAAAACCGAUAUGUACUGAUGUAUGUAAUGUGUCCUAUUUUCUCAGACAUAUUCGUUCGCUGUUGAUUCACCCCACUUAAUGUCGCCUAAUCUGUUUUGCCUGGGUUCGCCAUCGAACUGCCUUAAGCGGGAAUGUUUUGUGACACUGUAGUAUGGACCACUCCUUGGCACUGUUGCUACAGGUAGUCAGUUACUGGACUGCUGCCUGGGAUAUCUUCCAGGGAGUCUCACGUAGGCUACACGUUUAACUUUCAUGGGUGAUUGGUUUGAUACAACAAAUAAAAAUUUAUUAAAAGCCUAGUUCCAGAAUAUUUCGAAUUCAUAACUCGAUUAGUUAGUGCAACCCAACAAUCAAAACAAAAUUUGAAACUCUUGGUAAGUAUUCUCUUUCAGCCAAGAGUGCAAUAAAUAGUGAAACCGCUUGACUUAAUAGGUUAUCAUUUAAAAUAGCUUCAAGACAAUCUUCGUUUGAUUUGAGUUUUUUUGCAUUUGUUGACAGGAAUUACUUAGGUUCCAAAAUGUUCAAAUCAUCUGACAUGCACUUCAUAAGCUGUACACUUUCUUGUAAUGGACGAUUGGGGCGCGUGAAACUUUUCAUCUCCGUCUACUUUGGGGCAAACGCAAAGAGCGUACCCAUCCUGUCCUUGAAUCUAGCGGCGAAUGGGUCCUCCGAUACGGUGUUUGCUUCGGGUCUAUAUGGACAUGGCAGUUGGGUCCUAAGUAAGGUGAGGGUGGGGAUGGAUAGGCAAGGCAAAGACAGUCUUUCAUGCAGAGUCGAGCAUGCGCGGAGACGACUGGACGCCCAGCAACAUUUUAAGCUCCGAAUCUCUUGCGAACGGAGUUCAAGAUUCGCGAAGAACGAAGAAGACAUCUGUUGGUGGCGAGAGGCUCGUGGUAUGAACGUAUUCGGGUGACGGCGUAUUUAGCGACCGUCGUGUCGUCUCUGAGCUUGACGUGGAAGUGGAAUCCGUGAGAUGAAGUUACGCCCGAGGACACGGAAACACAGCUACAAUUUCGGUCUUCUCUUAUUUUUUUCUUCCCCACGUGUGAAUUCGGGGCUUUGCCAAUCGUGGUGGCAGGCCCGAUCUCCGAGGUUAUAGUGACUCUGUGCUCGUAUAUUGAGUCAUGCCAGGGGCCUGAAUGGAUCUCAUCCUCCAAGGACUCCACGGGGACGUGGUGCUGACAGUAAAAAGAGGAGGUCCUCAUUGGUAGUAAGUACACUCGCGCAGCCCUAAGCUGCCAGUGCACGUAGUCUUGGGUGUCAACCGAAGUAGUGAUGGGUCUGAGUGACGUCCCAAGGUGACGUACGUUGGGUCGGUCAUUUAGAACACCCAGAUAAACCCCCCCCCCCUCCUUCUUCCUCUCUGUACGGAUCACCUGGCAGUUUCUAGCCCGUCCUUGGCCGCAUUGUCCUGCCACCGACGCGUAACAUUGCGCAACGGCAUUGUCUUUGAGAGCGCGUGUACGUGUUGCCAACAUAUUACAGAAAAAGAAAACAGAUUUUUCUCGUUUGUGAACUGCUAACGUCCGUAAAACACACACAAAAAAAAUUGUGAGAUAGUUUUUUUCAGUAUUCGCCAGUGAUGUGUAACAUCUAACCUCGGAAACGAGAAAAUUCGUGUGUUAUCAUGCUGCAAAUACACUUAUAAUACAAAACUCUGACACAAAAUUUAACGUAGAAUUCUUUAAAAUAAUGCCGAGCGUUAGUUUUCAACUACGUUUAUUCGACUAUCAAAUGAUUCGAUUUUCAGGGCGAAAUUUUAAACUACACAAUAAUGCAACAACUCCGAUAAAAGCGAAAAAGUCGUGUAAAAGUACCAAACCCCAGCUUUGGACCUAAUGUUAGAUACAAAUUUGUUAAACAAUUAAUACUAUAAAGUUUCCUUUUGUAUUUGUGAACUUUGGUUCGCGCCUUCCGCCACAGUUGGCAGCAUCGUGGUUGUUACACAUUUCCGUUUCUUGACUUCCGUCGCAUUCACGCAUGCCAUAUACCGAGAGCUAAUCAAAUUUUAAAUUUAAAGAACCGGAAAAAUAAAAAUAACUAGCAGGAAUGAUUAUAAUAAUUACCAGUAUACUUCUUUAAGAAAUAUAAAAUAGUACAAAUGGCCACAUUAGUUUAGGCGUCUCGUUUGUGCGGCCAGGAUUACAGCUCGAAAAAAAAAAUGACUCAACAUAACACACAAAAAUAAUCAAUGUUCAGAGCCCUGUGAGGUUUACUGUUUCCAUGAUCCCAUAUCGGUCUAAUAUGACGCUAUAACUUAAGGAGUGUAGGAUAUUU